AAUGAAGAGAAAGAAGCAGAAUGGUAGAACGAAUCUGCUGGCGGAUAUAAAAAGAGAUUUGACAAUGCCUGCAACAGACAUUUAUUCUAUUCUAGACAGAGAAGUAGCUUCAGGCUAUCGGUGCACACUUUUGUUUAACACUUCGACACAGCGAAAGCAAAUUCUUAAAAUAUUAAUUAAAUAUGGCGAAAUUGUGUGAGGUCCUGUUCAUUUCCGCUUCAAUUUUCGCGUUGGCCACUGCUGCCACCAUCCGCAAUCGACCGCUGGCGAUAGGCGAGCCAGUUGUUGCUGUUGUGCAGACCGAGAAGGAGUUCGUGCCAAUUGUGAAAUCGGUGGCGGAGCGAAAAGAUGAUGGUUCUUUCGUCUUCUCGUACGAGGGUGCUGACGGCACUCAGCGCGAGGAGGUUGGCAUCGUAAAGAACGCUGGUACCGACGAGGAGACUUUGGAGGUUUCGGGCUCUUACCGUUACUACGAUGCCGAUGGUCAGCUGAUCGAGGUGCGUUAUACCGCAGGCGAAAAUGGUUUUGUGCCACAAGGCACAAAUAUUCUACAAGAAAUCUCGGCAGCGGCACAAGCCGCAGCUGAGGUGGCUCGUCGCCAGCCGGUGGAAGAGAAAUGAAGUGUGUUUGGUCGACAAAUCAGUGACUAGAGUAUUUUGAAGUGCUUUAUAAGUACGCGUGUUUAUUACUAAUAAAUUAACGAACUACAAUUUGAUAACAAGAAAAAUAUUUACAAAUAAAAAUAAAAUGUUAUGUAAAAAUUUAACAGAAAA